CUUACAUUAAACAUGUCCACCACUUCACUCUCUCUUAUCCUCUUCCUCUUCUCUCUCCUCACCCCAACCCUCAUUUCCUCCUCCCCUGUUCAAGACCCUCAAUUGGUGGCCCAUGAAGUAAACAGGAAAAUCAAUGCCUCUAUGGCUAGGAGGAACUUGGGGUUUCUCUCAUGUGGGAGUGGGAACCCCAUUGAUGAUUGUUGGAGGUGUGACCCCAAUUGGGAGAAGAACAGGCAAAGGCUAGCAGAUUGUGCAAUUGGGUUCGGGAAAAACGCCAUUGGUGGAAGAGAUGGAAAAAUCUACGUUGUCACUGAUUCUGGCGAUGAUGACCCUGUGACGCCUAAGCCAGGGACCCUUCGUUAUGCGGUGAUUCAAGACGAGCCAUUGUGGAUCAUAUUCGCCAGAGACAUGGUGAUUCAGCUGAAGGAAGAGCUCAUCAUGAACUCGUUCAAGACUAUUGAUGGAAGAGGUGCUAGCGUGCACAUUUCUGGUGGCCCAUGCAUUACUAUACAGUAUGUGACAAAUGUUAUAAUCCAUGGGAUACAUAUUCAUGAUUGUAAGCAAGGUGGGAAUGCUAUGGUGAGGGACUCCCCACGCCACUACGGGUGGAGAACCGUAUCGGAUGGUGAUGGCGUGUCCAUUUUUGGUGGAAGCCACAUUUGGGUGGAUCAUUGCUCUUUGUCUAAUUGUAAUGAUGGGUUAAUUGACGCUAUACAUGGGUCCACCGCAAUUACUAUCUCCAACAAUUACAUGACUCACCAUGAUAAGGUCAUGCUUUUGGGUCACAGCGAUUCCUACACACAAGACAAGAACAUGCAAGUCACAAUUGCUUUCAACCACUUUGGAGAAGGCCUGGUUCAGAGGAUGCCAAGGUGUAGGCAUGGAUAUUUUCAUGUGGUGAACAAUGACUAUACCCACUGGGAAAUGUAUGCUAUAGGGGGGAGUGCUAACCCAACCAUCAAUAGCCAAGGCAACAGAUUCGUUGCACCCGAUGAGAGAUUCAGCAAAGAGGUGACAAAGCAUGAGGAUGCACCAGAGAGUGAAUGGAAGGGGUGGAAUUGGAGGUCAGAAGGAGACCUAUUAGUAAACGGUGCAUUUUUCACAGCAUCAGGAGCAGGAGCCUCAUCAAGUUAUGCAAGAGCUUCAAGCUUAAGUGCAAGGCCAUCUUCACUAGUGGGUACCAUAACAACUGGUGCGGGUGCACUCAGCUGUAGGAAGGGCUCUCGUUGCUGAUUAUGACCCCUCGAGCAACUGUCUCUGCAGGCCGGUCCAUUAAUUUCAUGAGAAAACAAUUAUUAACAAAGGAGGGAAGGGUAAAAAAAUGAAUGACCCUAGAAAUUAAUGGUCAUUUAUUUAGGUAGGAUAUAUAUAUAUAGUAUAUACUCGUAUGAUUUCCUUCCUCCAUUCUUUUCUUUUCUUCUUUAGUUUUUUCCAUUGGUUUCGACCAUUUGUCCUUUUCUUUUACCUUUCGAUUUCGUGUACUUUUUCAUGAUUACAAC